AUGAACUUGGCGAAGAUCCACGAACGGAGAAACAUCAAGACGUUCUGGGAGAAGAGGAUCAACGGCGACUGUCAACACGCCGAGAUCGAAGAGAAGAGGAAGAACAAGAGCGCCCUCCAAAAGCUGAGGGACGAGUGGCUGGUCCGCCUGGAGAUCCGAACCAAACACCUGAAGAAACUCACCGACAACGUGAAGAAGGCCAAAGUGGAGCAGUCAGCUGACCAGACAUGAGCUCAGACAGACGGCGACGAUGACGAAGAUAAACUGUGACAUCAUAAUGUUCAGAUCAAUAAAGUGACGUUUUGGCAAAUCUCUGAUUCAAACAUUAAUAUUAGUAUUUUAUUGCUCUGUUAACAUUUAAAAUCUACACUCUGACUGAUGCAUACAAUUAGACAUUCUCUUUCAAAAUAAAAGCUCCUUAUUUACAA